AUGUCGUUGAAAGAAACCCAAUCCAACGGCUACAAAACAGUACUGAGGGUCUUUCUCCCUCCCAUUUCUGGUAAAAAUGGUCUCUUUCUCUCUUCUUUUCUUCUUAAUAAGUCUACAAAAACAGAAACAAAAAUAAAAAUUAAAGCUUUCUCUAAAAAAUCUCACCUUUAUCUUCUUCUUGCUCUCUUUGUGCCCUCUUUCAACAUUCUGAGUACAGAGAGAACUAAGUUUAGAUCCAUGGAACCUGCAAAUUCUUCACCAUUGCCACGAGGCACGCCGGAGCAAAGUGAAGAUCAGUCUCGAGAAAGGGUUUCUGCUUAUGAUCUUACGGUAGUGGACAGUGAUUUAGAGGGAUUAGACCAAAAAAAGAAGGACAUGCGUAAAAUGUUUAAUCAGAUUCAGGAUAAAACUUCACUAAUUCUUCAAUUCUCGCUUAAGUGGGAAGAAAUCGACGAGAAGUUUGGUUUUCUAAAGCAACGAGCCAUGGAAGUGUCUUUGAAGGAGGAAUCUGUAAGGAAUCAGAUUCUGGAGCUGGAGAAGAAGGAAGAGAGGCUGAGGCUUGUUGAAGAAAGAGAGAGGGAGAUUGAGGCUUCCAUCAGUGCCUUGCAGGAGAAAGAAAAUGAUUCUGAUCUGAUACUGUUUAUGGAAGCGAAUGUGAUGAGAUUGGUUCUUCAAAUGCAGUUUGAAGAAGUGGUGGUUUCUCAGCUUAACGCUCAAGAGAAAUUUCUUGGUUUGCUCCAUGAUUCGAUGAUGAAGAAGCAUGAAGAGCUAAUGACAGAGCUUGAAGCAAGGAAAAAUGAGGUUGCUUUGAUUUCUAAGACGAUCGAUGACAAGACUUGUGAUUUAGAGAUGAAAGUGAAAGACUUUGAUCUUAAGCAAAUAGCUGAGUCUGAGAGAAUGAGAAAGGAGACUGAGGUGAUGGAAACAUCUCUUAAGCAACUUGAAGCGAGGGAGAAUGAGCUUAGGUUGCUUAAUGAGACCAUCCAAGAGAAAUCAAUUGAGCUGGAGAAGAAAGAAGUGAACUUUCAACUGAAACAAGAAGCAGCAGCCAGAGAGACUGAAGCGAAGAACAAGUUUCUUGAGUUAAAGGAAAAGAAACUUGAACAAAGGGAGAAAGAUUUGGAGUUAAAACAGAGAGAAAUAGAAGAACGAGCAAUAGAAGCAGAGACUCGUAAGAGAACUAGGCUUGAAUAUGAGUCUCCAUUGUCGACAGAGAAGGGUAGAGAUGGUGAGACUCUGAUUCUCCCUGGAAAAAAGCAUAAACCCAUUACAGAUUCGGCUUUUGUAGUUCCAGCUUCUACAUCUUCUCAUGUACAAAUAAUUGAAGCACAUGAAGGAGAGACUGAAGAAGCUGUCUCCAUCAUUGGCAUUGAUGAGGAUCCUGAGCCAUUCACUUGUCCUGAUCUUGCAGCUGAAACUGAAAAUGAACAUAUAAGUGAAGUACAGAGAAGAGAGGCUCAUGAAGUUGUCUGCAUAGAUGAAGUUGUCUGCAUAGAUGAAGAUGAGCCAUUCACUUGUCCUGAUCCAGACUUUCACGAAUUUAACAACACAAUAAGCUCUUUCGCUGUUGGUCAAGUAUGGGCUCUAUAUGAUCCUAUAGAUGAUAUGCCUCGAUACUAUGCUCAGAUCAGGAAAGUAUUGAAACCUCAGAUGGGUUUACGGGUGACAUGGCUCGAAUCAGUACAGACAUCAGAAAAUGAGGAACCAAUUCCUGCUUGUGGGAGAUUCAAACAUGGAGAAUCAGAGUCAGAGACCAGAAGCCACUUGAUGUUUUCUCAUGAGAUGUACUGCAUCAAACGUGGCAAAAAUGUCACAAUAAACCCGAGAAAAGGCGAGACGUGGGCCCUUUUCAGAGAUUGGACCAAGACUUGGAAGCGUCACAGUGAGCAACACAAGUCUCCUUACAGAUACGACUUUGUGGAAAUCCUGACUGAAUUUGACAGUGAUCGAGGCAUUGGAGUGGGCUAUCUAGGGAGAGUGGAGGGAUUCACAUCAUUGUAUAAACAUGCUGAGCAAAAUGGUCUUGUCAAAAUUAUGGUAUCAUGUGAUGAAAUGCUUAAGUUUUCUCAUAGAGUUCCGUCUUUCAAAAUGACUGGAGAUGAUAAAGAAGGAGUCCCAGCUGGCUCUUUUGAGCUAGACCCUGCCGCUGUCCCUCGAGAGUAUCUUAAAGAUGCUAAGGUCAAAAAAGAAAAGAUUGAGCCCAUAGUCUUGGUUUGAGUUAAGUGUAAGUCUGAUGUGUUCACUGUUCUUUAUCUAUAAAAUGUAUUUAGAAGAUGCAUGGAACUGUAUCUGUAUUCCUUGGAACCUGGAUAUGUAUCUUAAUGAAUUUCUUUAUCAGGUA